GGAUCGGAAUUCUCCUAUCAUGAAGACGACGACGAUUCGGAUGCGGACUCGGUCUAUCGCCCUAGUCCAGGACCUUCGAACCCUAGGAAGAGAGCUCGGUCGACCAGGUCGACGAAGUAUUUUGGCGAGGAAGACGACAGUGGAGACGAGCUACAGUUCGUUGCGGAUGGAAGUAAGAAAAGUCGCGGAAGGAAGGUCCCUGUCGCCUCGGAGUUCCGUCAAGACGACCAGGCUGAAAAAGCGGGUGCUCCCAACAAGAACAAGAGGCGAUACGUUUGCACGUACGAAGGAUGCGGAAAAUGUUUCGUCCGAGGCGAGCAUCUGAAGAGACAUGUCAAGAGUCUGCACUUGUGCGAGAAGCCUCAUCAAUGUCCACAUGAAGGCUGCAACAAAUCUUUCAGUAGGAAAGACAACCUGAAGCAACAUAUGGGUAUC